AACUAGCCUAUAAUCCAGGUGGGAUGGGCAUCUUGCUUCCCCCCACGGCUUUAAACCUCUGUCCAUGGUUCUGGUUUCCGGUACUGAUGAAGACGUUAACAGGAGGGGGAAAUAAGGAUAUUGUUUCCGCCGGGCCAGUUCUGAGCGUGGGAGGCUGGGAGAGGAAGGAGCAGCCCGGUCGCCGUCACGAGGCGAUCGGGCCAAGGAUGAGGGGACAUGAAACCAGGACCCCCGGGCCCAUCCUGCCGCCUUACCAACUCCCCAUGUUCCGCCACGUGAAGGCUCCCCUCGUGGACAUGGAGAUGUUCAGACCUACUGCCGGGCUGAGGCCCGUUCCCGACGCCGUCAGGAAUCUCUUGCUUCCCCCACCCGACAACUGGCUGGGUUACUCGACGGCCCCCGUCAGUAACCCCAGAGGAGUCGAGGUAUGGUGCGGGAACGGGACGGUUUCUGUGCGGGUGAACAGGAGAAUGCUCGGAUUUUGGUGCCAUCCACCAAUGCUGUUCUUGGGAAAUUGUGAGGUCUAUCGUUUCACUAGAGACUACAUUUACUUUCACAAUGACCUUGCCAGAUGUGGAAUUAAGCCAAGGAUAGACGAUGGUCAGCUGGUGUACAGCAGCGCCCUGCGCUACGUCCCUGAACCACAGGGGGCAGUAAUCAGAGCCGUGCCGCUCUCCCUCCCCAUCCACUGCUCCUACAACAGGUUUCACUAUGCCUACAAAGUGGGCUACGUUCCUCGUUUGAAAGCGGACUCCUUCUUCAAGAGUAUAACCAGUGAGCGCAUCUUCAGCCUGGUCACCUGCAACGAUCGCUGGGAGCGGCUGGACUCCACGGCGAGCUACAUGCUCGGGGCGCCCAUGCAUUUCGAGGCCUCCACGCCCAUCGUCUCCAGAGCGGAACGGGUGUCGGUCACCGCCUGUCACGUCACCGUAUCCAGGGACCCCAAUUCAGCACCCCGGAUGGACGUGAUUAAAAACUACGGGUGCAUGGUGGACAGCCAAAGGCUCGGGAGCCGGUCCAGGUUUCACGGCUACGGGACGGGCGUCCUGCGGUUCUCCGUCGACGCUUUCGUGUUCCCAAAAAUCUCGGCCAAGCUUCUGUACCUGCACUGUGAGAUGACGGUGGCGGAUUACCCUGCCACUCCCACCGCCAAGUCCUGCACCUUCAACAGUAACACGAGAAGGUGGGAGGAGCUGUUCGACCCUCAGACUGUCCACGUCUGCUCCUGCUGUGACUCCCAGUGCGAUGCUCAUGGGAUUCGGCCCUCCUUGUACCCUUCUCCAAGAUCCCUGAUCACCAGUGACCCGUGGAGCAUUCUCGGUGCCGUGACAACGACAGGGACAGGGGGGUCUGUGCAGGAUGACAGGAGGGAGUCGGAGGUGCCUGAAGAUGUGUUGGAGGCUGAAGGGGUGGGUCCAGUGGCAGAGCCAAUAGACAGUGAGGGGGCGGGGUCAGAGGCGGGGCCUGCAGAGACUAAGGAGGAGUCUGAGCACCCUGUUCAGGUUCGGGGGUUUCGGGGAAGGGGAAUAGGACAGGGGUCAGGGGGCCACCCCUCGGGGGUGCGGGAGGAACCCCUGAAAGCUGAGGGGGAGCCUGCCGUGUGGCGGGAGGAUGACCAAGGACCAGACCUGGACGAGGAAGAGGAGGAGGAGGAAGACGGAGGUGCGCAGGAGGACGUUGAAGAUGAGGACGGCGCCUCCUCCCACGCAGUAGCUGGGAAGGUUUUGGAAUCCCUCAUCAUGUGACAAGACACUCACUUCAUGGACUUGAACACGAUGUUGACUGAUCUCACACCACAACGGGAAAAAUAAAUCUCACUGAAGGACA